UUUGUAUUCACUGUGUGGUUUGUAAUGCUGAACACUCUUCUGUUAUCCAAUGAGACUGGUGUAUGUUGGUUGUCAACUCAGUUAGUUUAAAGUUUCCUGUUUUGAGUGUGACAGUUGUAGAUAACUUUAGAGCCAUAGGCAGGAAAUCCGUUUUACUUGCUAAGUGUGACCUAACUGCAUCUAAAGAAAAGACCCAGACGUACCACACACAGCGUCACAACAAUGGGAGAAUCUAUGGAAAACAAUUCAGGCAACUUCAUCAUUUCCCUCAACAGCGAGUGUCCCAAAGAACUGGGGGAGCUCAUUGAAAAAUCGAGUGGAGACAUUCGAAAAUUUGAUGAUACUGAAUUUACAUUAGCUCUUCAGAAUGGACUGGAAAACCUCAGGCUCGAGAAGUCCCUGACCGAUGUAGUUCUGAGUGUUGGAACCAGCUUGUUUCCUUGUCAUCGAGUUGUACUGGCAGCUGCUAGCAAUUAUUUCAGGGCCAUGUUCUGUAAUGAUCUAAAAGAGAAGUACGAAGAAAAGAUUAUAAUCAAAGGGGUGGAUGCAGAAACCAUGGAGAUUAUUUUGGAUUAUGCAUACACAAGCAAAAUGGUGAUCACAAAACAAAAUGUGCAAAAAAUAUUGGAGGCCGCAAGUCUUUUUCAAUUUUUGCGAAUGGUCGAUGCUUGCUCCAGUUUCCUCACCGAAGCACUUCAUCCUGAUAAUUGUGUUGGGAUCUUAAGACUAGCAGAUGCUCAUUGCCUGGAAUCUUUAAAGCUGCAAGUUCAGAACUACAUCAUCCAGAACUUCUCCCAGGUUGUAAAUUAUGAGGAGUUUCUAGAACUACCAUUUGACAUCCUUUAUCACAUUCUAAGGAGUGAUGAACUUAACGUGACAGAAGAAUCACAAGUGUUUGAGACGGUCAUAAACUGGGUAUGUUAUAAGCAACCUGAAAGAAUUUCACUUCUUCCAAAAAUGUUGGAAUACGUUCGUCUUCCCUUACUGGACCCCUGGUACCUUGUGGGCACAGUAGAAGCCAAUGCAUUGAUAAGGCAAUGCCCUGAUGUAUUCCCGUUAAUGCAAGAAGCACGAAUGUACUAUUUGACUGGAAAUGAGAUAAUUUCUGAGAGGACAAAACCACGGAUUCAUGAGUAUCAGUCUGAGGUUUUCAUGAUAAUUGGUGGAUGCACUAAAGAUGAAAAGUUUGUUACUGAAGUAACUUGCCUAGAUCCCCUAAGAAGAAGUCGCCUGGAGGUUGCAAAAUUACCAGUGUGUGAACAAGAAAGUGAAAGUGAACCGAAAAAAUGGGUAGAAUUUGCAUGCAUUACCUUUAAAAAUGAAGUCUACAUUUCAGGUGGAAAAGAAACACAACAUGAAGUUUGGAAAUAUAACUCUUCUCUCAAUAAAUGGAUACAAAUAGAAUUUCUGAAUGUGGGCAGGUGGAGGCACAAAAUGGCGGCACUGUGUGGUAAAGUUUAUGCAAUUGGUGGCUUUGAUGGCAACCAGAGAAUGUACAGCGUUGAAGCAUAUGAUCCUUUUCACAACUGCUGGACAGAGACAGCACCUUUAAUAAUGAGUGUAAGUUCGUUUGCUGCAGCCAGCCAUAAGAGCAAGCUUUAUGUAAUUGGCGGUGGACCAAAUGGAAAACUAGCUACAGAUAAAACGCAGUGUUAUGACCCAUCUACCAACAAGUGGUGCUUCAAAGCACCUAUGCCCGUAGAGGCAAAAUGUAUCAAUGCUGUAAGCUUCCAUGAUCACAUCUAUGUGGUUGGUGGAGCAAUGAAAGCACUGUAUUCAUACAGCCCUUUGGAAGAUACCUGGUGCCUAGUAACAAAGUUUAGCCAUGAAAGAGCGAGUUGUGGAAUAGCUGCAUGUUGUAAUAAAAUAUUCAUAACAGGUGGAAGAGAUGAGAGGAAUGAGGUCAUUGCCACUGUUUUAUGCUGGAACACUGAUAUAGAAAAAUUGACUGAAGAAUGUGUCCUCCCCCGAGGAGUCUCCCAUCACAGCAGUGUUACAUUAAGGAAAUCUUAUACCCACAUCCGUAGGAUUGUCACAGGAGCUGUUUCUGUCUAACUACAGAGGACACCUUAUCACAACUAUCUAAUAUUUAGAUGAUUUAUAAUUUAUUGUAUUCAUUAUCAGAUUAAUAUGGGAACUUGAAGAGCAUUUUUAAAAAUGAAUUGUUAGCAUUGAUGAUUUAUUGUUAUCUUGCAUAAAAUGUUGUAUCCCUUAACAAAACUCAGGGAUUUACAUUACACUAGCAGAAGCAAUUUUGGGUGAUUUGCUUUACUUACAUUGAUGACAUUUUCAAUAUGCCAAUGAGUCUUUGACACUGAAAUUAAAACAUGAAUCAUUUCUUUGUAGCACAAAUAUGUAUUGGCACAUUUUUUUUUCCGUUCUGUCAAGUGCAUCCAGAAGUAUUGUUUAAAGAUUGGAUAUAAUGAAUGAAGGUAAGAUCCUCUGUUGAGUUUUAUUGUGUUUCUGUUAGACACAUUUCCCCUCACUUCAUGUCCUGGUUACGCCCACGAGGAGGACACAACGAAGAAGGUUUCUCGGAGCAGAAUACAAUAAAACAAACAAACAAUGGUUCUAACUUUCCUGCACCCAACUAAAAAAAUGUUUUAAUUGCUGUCUGUGCCUCCAUUGUCGAGAUUUCUGAUUGGAUGCUGCAAAUGAUACCUCUACCUGUACUCCAUUUUAAAGUAAAGAAUAGAUACCAUG